AUGAGGGAGGCCUUUGCAGAGCGGCAGGUGUUCCCGUCCAUAUGGGAUCCCCAACCAGAUGUCCCAUGGGUGGGAGAACUAACAGUGAAGUCAGGGAAGAAUUGCCGGGCCGGAAAGUGUCCUCCAGCCGCCGACUGUGGCAGGAAGGUGUGCGCGGCUGUGCAGAGCCAAUCUGGAGGCUGUGGGGCCAUGAGCACCGCCCCCCGUCCUCUAAAGGGGGCUAUGGCUGCAGGCCAGCCCCUCCUGCCCCAUUUCCCUAUCGGAGAAUGGUCAUUCGCGGCUGCAGAGGGCACCUUCCCGCAACCAGCAGGACAGACGCUGUCGGGGGAGGAGCGGGGAGGCCGAGAGGUGCACCAAAUUAGGGGAACAAAGAGUGGGCCCCUGGGCUGGGAGGAGCUGGUGGACGCGCUGGGGGCCAGAGCGCCGCGGGGAGCGCGAGGGUCGCACCCAGGACCCGGAGCUACGACCUGGGCUGGGGGCGCGGCGGCGCCGUGGUCCCACGGCCUGGCCCGAGGCCAGCAGGUGCCCCUUCCGGGAGGCGGCCGGGCCGGGGUCCGAAGGGUUAAGGCCGCCCGGCCGCCCCUCCCCCUCCUCUCCUUCCCCUCCCCCCCGCCUCCCCGGACCUCUCCCCGGGGCGCGGGGCUCGGGCGCUCGGGCGGGCCGGGGCGGGGCCUGACGUCCGCAGGCGGAGCGAGCCCUGCCGGCUGCCUGGCUUCAGACCCGCCGGGCUCCCGCCGCGCGCGCUGUCCCUGGAGCGCGGGGACGCGGCCCGGAGCCGGGAAGAUGGCGAAGCGGCUCUGCGCGGGGAGCGCACUGUGUGUCCGCGGCCCCCGGGGCCCCGCGCCGCUACUGCUGGUCGGGCUGGCGCUACUGGGCACGGCGCGGGCGCGGGAGGAGGCGGGCGGCGGCUUCAGCCUGCACCCGCCCUACUUCAACCUGGCCGAGGGCGCCCGCAUCGCCGCCUCCGCAACCUGCGGGGAAGAGGCCCCGGGCCAGUACUGUGACAUCUGUACGGCUGCGAACAGCAACAAGGCACACCCGGCGAGCAACGCCAUCGAUGGCACAGAGCGCUGGUGGCAGAGCCCGCCCCUGUCCCGCGGCCUGGAGUACAACGAGGUCAAUGUCACCCUGGACCUGGGCCAGGGGUCCCUCAUCUCUCUGGCACAGCAGCAGAGGCCCCCCGCCUUGGCUGCAGCGGAUGUGAAUUCUCAGCUGCUCCGGCUGCAGUGCACCUGCCAGCACAACACCUGCGGGGGCACCUGCGACCGCUGCUGCCCCGGCUUCAACCAGCAGCCGUGGAAGCCUGCGACUGCCAACAGUGCCAAUGAGUGCCAGUCCUGUAACUGCCACGGCCACGCCACUGACUGUUACUACGACCCUGAGGUGGACCGGCGCCAUGCCAGCCAGAGCCUGGAUGGCACCUAUCAGGGCGGGGGUGUCUGUAUCGACUGCCAGCACCACACCACCGGCGUCAACUGUGAGCGCUGCCUGCCUGGCUUCUACCGCUCUCCCGACCACCCGCUUGACUCGCCCCACGUCUGCCGCCGCUGCAACUGCGAGUCCAACUUCACGGAUGGCACCUGCGAGGACCUGACGGGUCGCUGCUACUGCCGGCCCAACUUUUCCGGGGAGCGGUGUGACGUGUGUGCCGAUGGCUUCAUGGGCUUCCCAAGUUGCUACCCGACGCCCUCGUCCUCCAAUGACACCAGGGAGCAGGUGCUGCCGGCCGGCCAGAUUGUGAAUUGUGACUGCAGCGCGGCAGGGACCCAGGGCAACGCCUGCCGGAAGGACCCGAGAGUGGGACGCUGCGUGUGCAAACCCAACUUCCAAGGCACCCAUUGUGAGCUCUGCGUGCCAGGGUUCUAUGGCCCCGGCUGCCAGCCCUGCCAGUGUUCCAGCCCUGGAGUGGCCGAUGACCGCUGUGACCCUGACACAGGCCGGUGCAGGUGCCGAGAGGGCUUCGAGGGGGCCACAUGUGAUCGCUGUGCCCCUGGCUACUUCCACUUCCCUCUCUGCCAGUUGUGCGGCUGCAGCCCUGCAGGAACCCUGCCCGAGGGCUGCGACGAGGCCGGCCGCUGCCCAUGCCAGCCUGGGUUUGCUGGACCUCAUUGUGACCAGUGCCACCCUGGCUACCACGGUUUCCCGAACUGCCAACCGUGCACCUGCGAUCCCCGGGGAGCCCUGGACCAGCUCUGUGGGGCAGGAGGUUUGUGCCGCUGCCGCCCCGGCUACACAGGCACCGCCUGCCAGGAAUGUAGCCCCGGCUUCCAUGGCUUCCCCAGCUGUGUCCCCUGCCACUGCUCUGCCGAAGGCUCCCUGCACGCAACCUGCGACCCCCGGAGUGGGCAAUGCAGCUGCCGGCCCCGCGUGACGGGGCUGCGGUGUGACACAUGUGUGCCAGGUGCCUACAACUUCCCUUACUGCGAAGCUGGCUCUUGCCACCCUGCCGGUCUGGCUCUGGUGGAUCCUGCCCUUCCUGAGGCACAGGCUCCCUGUGUGUGCCGAGCUAACGUGGAGGGGCCGAGCUGUGACCGCUGCAAACCUGGAUUCUGGGGACUAAGCCCCAGCAACCCCGAGGGCUGCACCCGCUGCAGCUGUGACCCCAGGGGCACGCUGGGUGGACUUGCUGAGUGCCAGCCAGGCACCGGCCAGUGCUUCUGCAAGCCCCACGUGUGUGGCCAGGCCUGUGCAGCCUGCAGGGACGGCUUCUUCAGACUGGAUCAGGCUGACUAUUUCGGCUGCCGCAGCUGCCGGUGUGACGCUGGCGGUGCCCUGGGCCAGAGCUGUGAACCGAGGACAGGCGCCUGCCGGUGCCGCCCCAACACCCAGGGCCCCACCUGCAGCCGGCCUGCGAGGGACCACUACCUCCCAGACCUGCACCACCUGCGCCUGGAGCUGGAGGAGGCCGCCACACCUGAGGGUCACGCCGUGCGCUUUGGCUUCAACCCCCUCGAGUUCGAGAACUUCAGCUGGAGGGGCUAUGCGCAAAUGGCACCUGUCCAGCCCAGGAUCGUGGCCAGGCUGAACCUGACCUCCCCCGACCUUUUCUGGCUUGUCUUCCGAUACGUCAACCGGGGGGCCGUGAGUGUGAGCGGGCAGGCCUCCGUGAGAGAGGAGGGCAGGUCGGCCGCCUGCGCCAACUGCACGGCGCAGAGCCAGCCCGUGGCCUUCCCGCCCAGCACAGAGCCUGCCUUCGUCACUGUGCCCCAGAGGAGCUUCGGAGAGCCCUUCGUGCUGAACCCUGGCACCUGGGCCCUGCUUGUGGAGGCUGAAGGGGUGCUCCUGGACUACGUGGUUCUGCUGCCUAGCGCGUACUACGAGGCGGCACUCCUGCAGCUGCGGGUGACUGAGGCCUGCACGUACCGCCCCUCUACCCAGCAGUCUGGCGACAACUGCCUCCUCUACACACACCUCCCCCUGGAUGGCUUCCCCUCGGCCGCUGGGUUGGAGGCCCUGUGUCGCCAGGACAACAGCCUGCCCCGGCCCUGCCCCACGGAGCAGCUCAGCCCAUCGCACCCACCACUGGUCACCUGCACAGGCAGUGAUGUGGAUGUCCAGCUUCAGGUGGCAGUGCCACAGCCGGGCCGCUACGCCCUGGUGGUGGAGUAUGCCAAUGAGGAUGCCCGCCAGGAGGUGGGCGUGGCCGUGCACACCCCACAGCGGGCCCCCCAGCAGGGGCUGCUCUCCCUGCACCCCUGCCUAUACAGCACCCUGUGCCGGGGCACUGCCCGGGAUACCCAGGACCACCUGGCUGUCUUCCACCUGGACUCGGAGGCCAGCGUGAGGCUCACAGCUGAACAGGCACGCUUCUACCUGCACGGGGUCACUCUGGUUCCCGUGGAGGAGUUCAGCCCGGAGUUCGUGGAGCCCCGGGUCCGCUGCAUCAGCAGCCACGGAGCCUUUGGUCCCAGCAGUGCCGCCUGUCUGCCCUCGCGCUUCCCAAAGCCGCCCCAGCCCAUCAUCCUCAGGGACUGCCAGGUGCUCCCGCUGCCGCCCGGCCUCCCACUGACCCACGCACAGGACCUCACGCCAGCCACGUCCCCAGCCGGACCCCAACCUCGGCCCCCCACCGCCGUGGACCCUGAUGUGGAGCCCACUUUGCUGCGUGAUCCCCAGGCCACCGUGGUCUUCACCACCCAUGUGCCCACGCUGGGCCGCUACGCCUUCCUGCUGCACGGCUACCAGCCAGCCCACCCCACCUUCCCCGUGGAAGUCCUCAUCAACGCCGGCCGCGUGUGGCAGGGCCAUGCCAACGCCAGCUUCUGUCCACAUGGCUACGGCUGCCGCACCCUGGUGGUGUGUGAGGGCCAGGCCCUGCUGGACGUGACCCACAGCGAGCUCACUGUGACUGUACGUGUGCCCGAGGGCCGCUGGCUCUGGCUGGAUUAUGUCCUCGUGGUCCCUGAGAACGUCUACAGCUUUGGCUACCUCCGGGAGGAGCCCCUGGACAAAUCCUAUGACUUCAUCAGCCACUGCGCAGCCCAGGGCUACCACAUCAGCCCCAGCAGCUCAUCCCUGUUCUGCCGAAACGCCGCUGCCUCCCUCUCCCUCUUCUAUAACAACGGAGCCCGGCCAUGUGGCUGCCACGAAGUAGGUGCUACAGGCCCCACGUGUGAGCCCUUCGGGGGCCAGUGUCCCUGCCGUGCCCACGUCAUUGGCCGUGACUGCUCCCGCUGCGCCACCGGAUACUGGGGCUUCCCCAACUGUAGGCCCUGUGACUGCGGCGCCCGCCUCUGUGACGAGCUCACGGGCCAGUGCAUCUGCCCACCACGCACCAUCCCGCCCGACUGCCUGCUGUGCCAGCCCCAGACCUUUGGCUGCCACCCCCUGGUCGGCUGUGAGGAGUGUAACUGCUCAGGGCCCGGUGUCCAGGAGCUCACAGACCCUACCUGUGACACAGACAGCGGCCAGUGCAAGUGCAGACCCAACGUGACCGGGCGCCGCUGUGAUACCUGCUCUCCGGGCUUCCAUGGCUACCCCCACUGCCGCCCCUGUGACUGUCACGAGGCGGGCACUGCGCCUGGUGUGUGUGACCCCCUCACAGGGCAGUGCUACUGUAAGGAGAAUGUGCAGGGCCCCCGAUGUGACCAGUGCAGCCUGGGGACCUUCUCCCUGGAUGCUGCCAACCCCAAAGGUUGCACCCGCUGCUUCUGUUUUGGGGCCACGGAGCGCUGCCGGAGCUCGUCCUACACCCGCCAGGAGUUCGUGGACAUGGAGGGCUGGGUGCUGCUGAGCACUGACCGGCAGGUGGUGCCCCACGAGCGGCGGCCAGGGACGGAGAUGCUCCGUGCAGACCUGCGGCACGUGCCCGAGGCUGUGCCUGAGGCCUUCCCCGAGCUGUACUGGCAGGCCCCACCCUCCUACCUGGGGGACCGGGUGUCAUCCUACGGUGGGACCCUCCGUUAUGAACUGCACUCGGAGACCCAGCGGGGAGAUGUCUUUGUCCCCACGGAGAGCAGGCCGGAUGUGGUGCUGCAGGGCAACCAGAUGAGCAUCACAUUCCUGGAGCCGGCAUACCCCAUGCCCGGCCACAUUCACCGUGGGCAGCUGCAGCUGGUGGAGGGGAACUUCCGGCACACGGAGACUCGCAACACUGUGUCCCGUGAGGAGCUCAUGAUGGUGCUUGCCAGCCUGGAGCAGCUGCAGAUCCGCGCCCUCUUCUCGCAGAUCUCCUCGGCUGUCUCCCUGCGCAGGGUGGCACUGGAGGUGGCCAGCCCAGCAGGCCAGGGAACCCUGGCCAGCAAUGUGGAGCUGUGCCUGUGCCCUGCCAGCUACCGGGGGGACUCAUGCCAGGAAUGUGCCCCUGGCUUCUAUCGGGACGUCAAAGGUCUCUUCCUGGGCCGAUGUGUCCCUUGUCAGUGCCACGGACACUCAGACCGCUGCCUCCCUGGCUCUGGCAUCUGUGUGGACUGCCAGCACAACACCGAAGGAGCCCAGUGUGAGCGCUGCCAGGCUGGCUUCGUGAGCAGCAGGGAGGACCCCAGCGCCCCCUGUGUCAGCUGCCCCUGUCCCCUCUCAGUGCCUUCCAACAACUUCGCCGAGGGCUGUGUCCUGCGAGGCGGCCGCACCCAGUGCCUCUGCAAACCUGGUUAUGCAGGCGCCUCCUGUGAGCGGUGUGCGCCCGGCUUCUUCGGGAACCCACUGGUGCUGGGCAGCUCCUGCCAGCCUUGUGACUGCAGCGGCAAUGGUGACCCCAACCUGCUCUUCAGCGACUGCGACCCCCUGACGGGCGCCUGCCGUGGCUGCCUGCGCCACACCACCGGGCCACGCUGCGAGAUCUGUGCCCCCGGCUUCUAUGGCAACGCCCUGCUGCCCGGCAACUGUACCCGGUGCGACUGUGCCCCGUGUGGGACAGAGGCCUGCAACCCCCACAGCGGGCAAUGCCUGUGCAAGGCGGGUGUGACUGGGCGGCGCUGUGACCACUGUCAGAGCGGACAGUGCCACUGCCGACCAGGGACCAUGGGACCCCAGUGCCGCGAGUGUGCCCCUGGCUACUGGGGGCUCCCUGAGCAGGGCUGCAGGCGCUGCCAGUGCCCUGGGGGCCGUUGUGACCCUCACACGGGCCGCUGCACCUGCCCCCCAGGGCUCAGUGGGGAGCGCUGUGACACCUGCAGCCAGCAGCAUCAGGUGCCUGUUCCAGGUGGGCCUGGGGACCACAGCGUCCACUGUGAAGGAAGCCCCAUGCUGUCCUUUGACCUCUACUAA